AUGAUUCAGGUCAGUGACCAAAAUCUGAUACAAAAUGGAACUGUAUCUGUUCCACAACUCUUCAAUCAACCAUCGCUAUUUCCACAAUUCCCACUGCCAGUUAGCCCACCAAAUAUUGGAUUUCCACUCUUCCCGACAUCACCACAAGCUGUUGCAUUAGCUUCAAACCCACCAGUUCUGCCAAUGCCAAUGCCAGGCCUUAUGCCUGCGUCUUUUUCAGCUGCAGCUCCUUCUGUACUGCCGACAAUUCCUCAACAAACAAUGCAGCCGUUGAGUUCAGCUUCACAAAUGACGGUUCCAGCUGCAGUUUCCCAGGUCCCUUUACAAACGGCCACAGCUCCGGCCCCGCAGCCUUUGCCAACAGUUCCAAUAUCACCAGUGCCAGCCCAGUUUCCUUCACAAAGUCCGCUCCCAGUAUCACCACUCGUAUCACCUGAACUUCUACAGACGUCUCCACUGCUACCACCGUUAACAGCUGCACAACCAGCCUUGAGUGGUAUCCCGCAACCAAUUUUGCCACCACUUCCUUUACCAGUGCAGCAACUAUUACCUCUUCCAGCAGUAGCACCGGUCUCACCAGUUGCUUCAUUAGCUCCACCUUUGUUGCCAUUCUUACCUCCAGUCGACUUUUUCUACUGUUCUGCUCAUGCAUCAUUCGCACUCACUGCCUCAUUCGGGACCGAAUCAAAGUCGUCUCGAACUUAUGUGCCGGUGAAUCUGUCAACAAUACCACCAGUAGCGGCAAGCCGCGAUAAGGACCCUGAAGUGGGUAUGGGAAGACCGUUCGUCGCUGAUAGACCAACUGUUACUAAUCCAUUGUCAGAAACACGACAGUUAUGCCGAUACGCAGCCUCUAACUCCAUUUUAUCUUGCCAGGCUUGCUGUAAAGUUGCAGCACACUAUUCGCCGCUAACACCCGUACGAUAA